AGAGGACGAACAGAAGAGGAAGAAGAAGAAGAAGAAGAAGAAGAAGAGCCGCUGAACCUUGACGGAAAGAGGAAGGCGAUAUCGCAAUCAUGCCGAUGUUCGUGGCGAACACCAACGUGGCCAGAGGUGAUGUACCUGCAGCUCUGCUUUCCGAGGCUACAGAGGAGCUGGCCAAAGCUAUGGGAAAACCUGCACAGUAUGUUGCUGUGCAUGUCAACCCAGACCAAAUGAUGAUGUUCGGAGGGAAGGGAGACCCCUGCGCGCUCUGCUUCCUCUACAGCAUUGGCAAGAUCAGCGGUGCUGCCAACAAGCAAUACUCAAAACUCCUGUGUGGACUACUCAACAAACACCUGGGGAUUUCUCCUGACAGAAUUUAUAUUAACUUUAUGGACAUGGACGGAGCCAAUGUGGCCUGGAACAACACAACAUUUGGCUGAGAAGGAGGUCAGCGUGUGGAAAAAGAUCAUUCCAGGAUUUUUCUUUGUGUAGGACUUUAGUUACAGCUGAUUAAAUAUUCAAAGACAACUGGUGACCCACUUGUAGAAAUACUGACCAUCUUAAAUGCACUGACCUAGACCCUUUAACAUUGCACUAAUCCUUUCACAUUUAAAUGCAAUAAAGCGAAUCCUAUAAGUCA